ACAUAGUUGCAUUUUGAGUGGCUCGUUAGUCCUUGGUUGAUUUGUUCUUUUGUGUGUGACUUUUUGUUUUUCUAAUCAUUUAUGAGUAUUCCUCGCUCUCUCUGUUGGUCCAGUGAUAUUUUGACCCCUUUGUAAUCACUCACCAAGUAAGAUAGGUGGUACCUGAAUACGUUUUACAAUUUGUGUAUAAAAAGCGAUGGUUAGAAUAUUUCACGCAUAAGUUUUGUCUAAAAGUCGCUUGAAGUUUCGAAGAACAGAGAUUUUAACCAUGCAUUUUGUUUGUUUUAUUCUUGUUACUAUUGCCGCAACAGUUUCUGCCCAAGGAAAUAUUAGAGAUUAUCGCGUAGAUCCUUAUUAUGAUCAGAGUCCAAAGCCAUAUUCAUUCAGUUACAGUGCUCCACUUGAUGAUGGAGUCGGUCAAAGCUCCAGAAGCGAGACUGCUGAUGGUUCUGGUAGAGUUCAAGGCUCUUACAGCUUAAACAAUGACGAGGGACACUACAGAGUUGUUGAUUAUGUUGCAGACGAGAACGGAUUUCGUGCUUCCAUUCGCACCAACGAGCCAGGCACUGAGAGCAAGAACCCAGCUGAUGUGACUAUCGAAUCUGCAGCCGGACCUUAUCCAUAUGCUCCAAUUGCAAGGCCCGUAUUGAAUACCUUGAUAGAACCUGUAGCUCCAGUUGCAGAGCCUGUUGUUAUUCCAGAUCCUAUUGCUCCGAUCCGCCGUCCAGUUUAUCGAAGGCCUGCUACCUACGCUGCAAGAAGGCCAGUUCUUAGAGCACCUGGCAGACUAGCUUACGGACUUGCUUAAUUUCCAACUGAAUUAUCUGAAAGAUAUGGCAUAUAAACAUCGCACCAUGAAUUUUUCCUUCCAUUUUUUUCCGGAAAAAAACUGCUUUUGCUAUCAGUUACCAUAAAUGUUUUUUUGAAUAAUCAACUGCUUGUAUUAUAUAUUUUUAAAUACCUUCUUUUGGCUCAUGACUUUUUUUUCUGCUUGUGCCUUUUCUCUUUUUCUAAUGUAUAGAUGAUCUCUUUUUCUCUCUUGGGUUUUGCUAUUUUUUAAACUUUUAUUCUUGUCUAUCCUCCUUCAGCUCUUUAUAUCUAGAUUCAGUCUUAUUUUUCCAUACUUUUUUUCAGCUUAGAAACUUUUUCUACGCUUUCCAUGGAAGUAUUCUAACUUUCUCUGCCCUGCACCACUUUUCUUUCUCUAUAGAUAUUUUCUUUCUCUUUUUUCCUAAACUCUUCUUUAACUUUACUUCAGUUUUCUUUUCUCCCAUCAUAUUUGUUAUCUAACAAUUUUGGGGCUUCAUUACACGCCUAUACUUAAAAUUUAUGAUAAUUGUUUGACUUUCAUAAGUUUUCUUCUGUUUUGUUUCAUAAUUAUCAAACAAUUUAGUUUCAAUACUCAAAACAUUUUUGCAUAAAGAUUCUGUUAUAGUUGUGCUUCUAUGCUACAUUUUGAUCAAUAAAUAUUUAAGAACAUUAA